AUGUUCACAGUAAGCGGCGAAGAGACCCAGAGCAGAAGCUGGAUGAGUAGAGGCAGCACCAGAUAUCACCGAUGGACGGUGAGAGUCCUUGUGCUAGUGUUGCUAGUCCUGUUGCAGCUGGAAUGGCAGGUGCACUUUCAGACGGUGGCAGCCGCCCCGGAUGACACGUCCGCGUCCGGUUCCACCACAUCGACAUCCACACACAGCUCCACCACACAGUCCGGUUCGUCAUCAGCAUCAUCCUCGUCCCUGAUCGACGGGAUCAUACUAGACGAGGAUGGUGUGCUGCUCGGUGCGGCCGGUCAACAAACGCUCAGCGAGGAAGCGGCCACACAUCUGCACUUUCUCCCGUCGCAGUUAAAUUUCGCCCAUCGGUCCAUCGGUGACCCGCACAACCAGCUGAUAGUGCUGUUUAAUCGGCACAAAAACCGCAGCGUCUAUCUGGGCUCGAUCUCCGGCAGUACGGCGGAAUUCUCCAGCUCGUACUUCAAGGAGAAGGUGAUACCGCCCGGCGGCAACACCAGCUUCAAUGUGGUGUUUCUGCCCCGCAAGCUGGGUGCCGCGGAUGGAUCACUGCUCGUGCACACGUCCUUCGGCAUGCUCCGGUAUCCGGUGCAGGGCGAAGGCAUCGAAUGUCCGUACCGGUUGCGGCCGCUCGUCGGACUGCAGGCACCGCUCAAUGCGACACUAGCGCCGGAGAUCACCCUGUACAACCCGCACGAUACGCCGCUCCAGAUCGUGGAGGUGUACAGCAGCGGGGGGAACUUUCAGCUCGAACUCCCGAGCGGUGCUCAGGAGGGUCCGCAAGCGCUGUGGGAAAUCCCACCGCACAGUACGCGCACGGUGAUAAGGGUGCGGUUUCACGCCCGUACCCCCGGCAGUCAUCUCGCGUACGUCCGAAUCAAGAUCUCAGGCGGUGCGGCAAAUCCUUCGCUCGUCGACAAGAUGCUGGUCGUACCGAUCGAGGUGGAAAUCUCGAAGGAGACGGGGUUGUACUCGCGGAUACCAUUUCUGGAGCUGGGCGUCACCUCGUCCCUGUCGGAGGUGGUCAGCACGACGGCACGGCGUACGACGGCCGCGCAGGCACUGGCCGCACCGGUCGUGGACAGCGAGUGUGGACUGAGCGUCCGGACCGGCCGGAACGUGACCCGGCUCACACUGGACCUCCACAACUCUGGCAGUCAGUCGGUGCGGGUGAAGAGCUGGCUCGUGCAGGCAGAUGAUAUGGAGUCGGUGCACUGUAUGCAGGUGCUGGUCGGCGAAGGACCGACGCUGCACGUCGAGUUUGAUUGGUCCAAGUUGACGAGCGAACGGCGCCACAUCAGUGGCCGGAUAUUGCUCAAACUCGAACGGAUACUGUCCUCGCCGGACGGGGGUGAACAUGCGAUGGGGGACGAAGAAGACGCGGAAGAGGAUGGUGAGCAGCAGGAGGAGUUGCAGAGUCAGGAGGAAACAACGGGCGCGGAAAGUCGACAGGUGGAUGAGUACGAACGGGUGGUUAUCCGCAUGAACGAGUACGAGGGAACGGCUACUUCCACGGAGGAAGCAGUGGGGGGAGCAGAAGGGUCCGAACGGUCGAAGGUUGUCCCGAGUGUUUACGCCAUACCGUUCGCCGGUGAGGUGCUGAAGGGUAGCAUCCAGUAUAACGAGGAAGUGUUGCGGUUUCUCCUACCGGCACACGAUCAACCAUCCGCCACGGUUAGGGAGGAGGAGGAGGCAGCGGGCCGGGGACGGGAGCUGGUCGUCCGGAAUCACUUCAACGUGCCAUUGUCCAUCACGAACAUUAGCGUACCUGAGAAUUGUUCGCGCUACUUCGCGAUCGAGCACUUCCGACCGAUCGUGCUGCAGCCGAACGACGAGCGAACGUUGCUACGGAUCCACCGGAAGGUCACCGAUACGGUGUGGGCCGACACUCCGCAACCGUUCACGAUUGUCACGUCGUUCCGGCUGGCGACCAACAUUAGCGACUACGAGCUGCCGGUCCAGGGGUACAGUGGCCGGUUGGAGCGGUUACUGUCGCCCACGGUGCGGGACGCAUCGUUACUUACACCGACCGGGUUGGGUGUGCAACCGGCGGGCAGGGGUGACGCGGGCGGCGGGAUGGAAGGGGCAGGAGCGCAGGAGCUCGACUUUGGGGUGCUGCCGAUCGCGACGAUCGGGGAGGCGCUGGUCGCGUUCCGCAAUCCCAACCCCAUCCCGAUCCCGAUCAUCCACUGGAAGGGGGCGAUCACGUCGGACGGGGCGGUCGGAGCGCCCACCAUCACGGUCAUACUGCGGGGCUGUGGGCCGCUCCGGUUGGACGGGCUGGUGUUCUGCCACACGGUACAGCCGGGCGAGUGGAUCGUGUACCAGAUCAGCGUGCAGAGCGGUACGAUCGACAGCUACCAGGGCCGGUUCACGGUCAAGACGGACUACGAGGAGGUCGUGACGCCGCUCCGGUUUACCACGGCCGUUGGCGAGCUGCACCUGAUGCGUGAGCGGUUGCGCUUUGACGAUUGUUUUCCGGGCAAGCUAUGCACGCUGUCACUGUUGGCCGCCUCCAGCUUUCCGACCAAGAUCCAGAUCGAAAGUAUCCGUACGGAUGUGCCCGGGCUGAGCUAUGAGUUCCUGUCGCCGGACAAGCAGCGACCACUAGCACCGAAUCAACCGGUCGCCCUGUACCCGGACACGGUCACCAGCAUCGGCCGGAUGACCCUCGACCCGAAGGCCCACUGUGGUCCGGUGGCGGACUGUUACAGCAGCUUCGAUCUGCUGUCGAAACCGUUCGGCGUCAAGUGGAUGGCCACGCUCGACUGUUACGAGCAGUAUCGGCGGCUGGACAGCGAUAAGCUGCUGCAGCAGCUGCAGCGCUACGCGGAGAUGAGGCAGCGGCUGACGAGCGUACAGUUUCAGGUGCUGGCCGAAUCGAGCCGAAGGUUCGACUUUAACGCGAGCGUCGAUCUGGUGUGGCCCAAGCUGCUGGACGAGAAUGUGUUCUUUCCGACGCUGCAGGUAGAGCAGGAAGCGGUCCGCCUGAUAACGAUCAACAACCCAUCGGAUCAGAUACUGUUCGUGCAUCUGGUACUGCACGACGUGGCCAUCCACGGACGGCAACCCAUCGUGGAUGGUGGCGGUGUUGGUAGCGGCAUCAACCUACCUCCCGAGGUGUUAACCGCCUGUGACAACUGUACCCUGAGCGAGGAGAGCGUCUUUUCCUUCUUCCUGUUCGACAGUGACGACAUUUACGUAAAUUACGUCAAACCACAAUCGUUUCUGCGGAUCGCGAUCAAGUUUAGUGCCCAGCUGCCCGGCACCUACUCGACCGUACUGUACAUGCGCAACAAUCUGACGCUAAUUGAUGCCGCCUGGAUACAGGCACGGGCCGUUGUCCCACUGUUCAAGUUUGGCAACCGGCGGCCCGGUUCGCCAACGGCACUCCAGUUCGAAAUCACCGAAAAGCACGCGCAACCGUGCUACGAUCGGUUUUAUCGCAAGCUACGAUCGGAGGGACGCUUCAAGAAGUACUACAUCGAUGCCCAGGGCCAGAAGCACGAUGUGACGCAGGAUGAGCCGGUGGCGGGUGACGGCGAGGAGAAGAAGGACUUUGUGGUGGAAACGAGACGGACGUUUACGGCGCGCAACUACGGCGAGGUGCCGAUCCUGAUAUCCGGCAUCCGGAUCGAGGAAACACCGUGCGAAGGUUUCGGCUUCAAGGUGCUGGACUGCACGCCAUUCGAGCUAGCGCCGAACGCUAGCCGCAAGAUCGAGAUAGCGUUCGCGCCCGAUUUUACGCUAUCGCGCGUCAUGCGCGUACUGCACUUCGACACGAACAUAAACCACUUUUCGGUCAACUUUACGCUGCUGGGCACGGUACCGAUGCAUCGGUUAGAUGUUUGCAACGAGGUGCUACCGCGACCCUGGUUCGAGUACUGGUUCCGGGCCGUACUGUUCGUCGUGUUGCCGACCGUCCUGUUCGGUACUUUGGCUGCCGCCGUACUCGACUCGAACCGUGUGUUACGGGUCCAUUUUUUGAGCCUCGUGCGCGAGAAAGGGCCGCUGCAGCCGCCGCUUGAUCUGCGUCAGAUCGCGCUACAACAUUCGAAUGCGGCGGGUGAUGUCGGGAAGGAAUCGGCCAAUGGUAGCAAAGAUGGACGGGCGGGCAGUGGCGGCAGUGGGUCGACGAAUCAUCAAAACGGUAGCGUGAUCAGUUCGUCCUCUACGGUGGUAUCCCGCAGUCAUCGUAAACCGGAUCGUAAAAAUGGAACACACACAAAGGGUGGAACGGCGACGGCAGCGGCAGGACUGCAGAACGGAAGUGCCAGUAGCAGUAGUGGAGCUUUCUCGGGCGAAAGUACGGCCAGCCGAUUCAAUCGCAGCUGGACGGAUUUUACCACCAAACUUGGCGCGACGACUAAACCCAUCCUUACGGCUGCUUCUCCCACAUCGUUAACUUCCUCGCUGCUAGAUGCGGGUGGCCGAGCGUUACAAGCGACCCUUACCAAGAGUCGCCGUUCGAUCACUCCGUCGAAAGAGCAACAGCAACAGUCGUCGAUCAGUACGGAACUUUUGACGUCCAAUUCACCUUGCAGUAGCAGCGGUGGAGCAACCAAAGACAGAACGAAAUCCCCUUCGUCCACAUCCGAAACGGAAAACAAAUGCGCCAAGAAUGGACCGUUCGGUGGAAAAACAGCACCGAGCAGCGCUUCAACCAGUGACUUAACCGGCGUGCUUGAAUCAAAUUCAACCGCCAGCAAGCAGCAUCACCAGACGAACUGUUCGACGUCCUCAUUGGCGUCUACGUCGUCCACCACGUCGUCCUCAUCGUCCGUGGCAGCAACGGAUGAACCGGCCGCAGAAGAGCGGCCCAUUUCAUUGACGGCUUCUUUGUCCCUGUCCUCGCCAUCCUCCUCCUCCUCUUCCUCCUCUUCCUCGUCAUCAUCGUCAUCAUCGUCGUCGUCUUCUUCUGCGUCAACGACAUCCUCGUCGUCUUCGUCACCAUCGCCAACGUCGAAGCAGCAGCACUAUCAUCAUCAUCAGCACAAUCAUCAAUCCAAACAGCAGUCUGCAGCAACAGCAACCACCAAAUCGAACGUGAAGAAAACGAAAAGCCUUCCGGUUAGCUACGAAUCGGUGGUUGUCUCGUUGGCAUCGGUGUUUGCCGCCACUAGCACACUGUCGAGAACGGGAACCACCACCACAACCUAUACUAGUCAGAAACCCACGGCAGAAGUAACGUCGUCGACGGUGGUCACAUUGGCCACUGGAGUAUCACCGACUACGAAGGAUUCGGUACCAUCGGUGCAGAUAGCGACGAAGGAAAUCCCAAGCAAAUUACGGACCGGACUACCGAACCUUGCGAAUGGUAAGCAGCUCGUGGGUGCAUCAAAUGGUAAUGGAUCGACCAAAGCUACGUCGACGCCCAACAACAAGCAGCAAGAAUCAUCUGUGAGCUGUGUGAAGUCUGGCGGUGAGAAGGCCAAUCCGUUUGGUGGUACAAUCGGAGCAACCGACAUUGGCGGAAAGGAAAAUUGUUCCAGUGGUAAUAUCAUAUGCCAGGAGAAACUGUCACUCGGAAACGGAAAUGCACAGGUGGAAUCGUCACUUCAGCACCAGCAGCAACAACUGUCGCAAACGAAAAAGUUUAGCAAAACACCUGGCCGUGAACGUAAGCCGAACCAAAGCAAGAAGGGCACGAACGGUAAAGGGACUUCCACGGGCGGUGGCGCACAGCAUUACAAGGGAACGGCACUUCAGUUCAAUACUCCCGCGCAACAACAGCACAAAUCUACCACGCUUGGCACAAUUCUGCAGAACGCAUCCGUACCCGUGACGUCGUCGGCUGCUGCUGCCGCCGCCACGGUUUGGGGCGAAAACUGUGCCCGAUUCAGCGAUGUCGUUGCCCAAACGCCGGCCACAAAGGUCGGCGGAAAGCAAUCCACGGUUAGUUCGCUCUUGCUUAGCAUGGAAUCGAUUCCCUGGUUGUCGGGCGUCUCCGGUAGCAGCAGCAAUCAAAACGCUGAUAAAUCAACCAAUCAUUUACGUUCACAUGGAAGUAAUGCUUACGGGACAAUGGCGGGAUCAAGCGCAGGCAGCACACAAAGCUAUCGGAAGCCACUGCAUUCUUUGCAUGACCUUCCCAGCACUGGUUCCGUGUCAUCUUCCUCCAGCACGAACGCUCCGAAUCGUAUCGAGCAAAAGUCAAAAGACGAUUGCUAUAUUGGUGGAUUGGCGCUCGAAAAGGAAUGUUCGGCACCGUUUGUUGCCACCAGUGCGUCACCGGAUCUGGGUCCGAUUGGAACAUCCAAAAAAUCACCCACCGGUGGACAUAACGCCGAUGGUGACGAAGAGGAAUGCGAUGGAAUGAUGGCACAUGUGGCGGGCGGACGAGUCGGCUCCAAUAUGGCUAAAUGUUGGGAACCAUUCGGAGGACACGUUAUCCACAAUCCGACCCAACUGACGGGUGGUUCUAGCAGUGAGGCAUCGGCCACGAUUAGUAAAACAAUGAAUGGUGGACAACAGUCGGACAGUUUCUUUUCCCAAUCGUUUACCGAUUUCCCGCACCGGCAGAAUGAUCAAUAUCGGGGCAUUGCUUCGAUGGCGAGAGGAACGAAUGGAAACAUGAAUGGAAUCACCACAUCGUCGCUACUUUCAAUUGCUGGCCACGGUUUUACCGAACACUCUACCGGGUUGCCUAACGGUGGUAACAAUCAACAAACAGACAUCGGUGGUUCGGGAGCGGUUGAGAACGAUUUUAUGGAUGCUCAUCGUGCAUCAUUUCACUCGUCCGGACAGCAGCAUCAACACCAGCAAAACAAUCACCACGAUUGGAACAACACGAUGGAGGCGCAUUUGCAGUGGCCCAUGUCUACGCACAAACCGUUGGCCUCACAGUCGGGCGGAUUGAACCAAAACUGGCGCUCGGCGGAUUUGUGGAAUAGUCUGAACGCGCACCAUCAGUAUCAACAGCAACAGCACCACCAACAGCAGCAACAAAUGGCUUAUGAAUCGGUACUACACUUUCGCACACAGCUGGCAAUGGCCACCGCAGGAGCCAACCAGCUGUCGGGAAAUCAUCCGCUCCAGCACCAGCAGCAAACGGUUCCGGAUGUUAGACUAGGCCAUCGUACAUCGAACCUCAACGAUGCGUGGCUAGGUACGGCAAUGUCUUCGGGGCAGACAACGGUGGCCCCGCCGCCCGGCUUCUCCAAUCAUCUACCAUCGGCGGGAUCACAUGCGAACAUGAGCGGUUUGCCAUCGAAUAGGAUUGUGUAUCAAGAUCCACAACAAGCGUAUAACAUGCUACUCCAGCAGCGACUCCAACAGCAGCAGCAACAACAGCAGCAACAAUCGCAACAACAGCUCAUCCGUCAACUUUCAUCCGAAGAGCCAAACAUCAUUGGCGGCGGCAAUGGUACUUCUGGUGGUAAUGCUUCUGCUUCUACGGCUGAUCCAACAUCUGGGCAAACAACGGUGACCGCAGCAGUAACAGCAGCAGCAUCAACAGCAUCUACGUCCGGCUCAUCAACAGGUACUUCGGGUUCCUCCUCGUCCUCUUCGUCGUACGGCCCCUUUCAGUUCCCUUCGAUCUGGUCUCCGGUUAACAAUAUCAAUGCGUGGGCUGCGUCUACGGAAUCGUCCGAGGAAACAUAG